AUGCAGACACAAUUCGUUAUUGACAGUUGGACCACCAGCACCAGGGAUAACGAAUGCACAAUAAUCGUGCGCUCUUCUGGAGCUGUUUUCUAUCUUCAGUGGAUACCCGCUGAGUUGGAAGCAGAGCCAAUUCUUCUUGCAGACUUUUACAAGUCGCUCAAGAUAUUGAAAACCAAUGAACACAAAGACGACGGUGGUGACGAAGGCUACGAUGUGAGAAAGGCUGAGGCAGAAAAGCUUGCACAACCAUUCAACGAAAUUAUCUCAGCGCUCGCCCCAGACCCACCAAUGCCACCAAUCACAUUGCAUCAAUGGCUUAACCCUGAGUGGUUUCUAUUGAUUGCCACUGCAGAUGAAGGCAAGAUUCGACCAAGGAGAGACUACGAAAAUCCUUACCUGCCUCCCGGAGAAUAUCGGCAAUCGAGAUUAUGGAAGAGCCUUGAUUUGGACAAGUGGGUGCCAAAUUGGUACUUAGCACGUGACGUCCAAAUAAUUUCGACCAAUCCCGGCGAAAAUCCGCUUUUAUCUCCUCCAUCCAAGGUUUUUGUUCAAGGAGAUGUUGUUUGCCAUUUCAAAGGCUUUGAACGCGGAUUCCCGGCAGUUUUUCGUGAGCUCAGAACUUUCCGCAAAAUUUCGGACGCUUUAGCAACCGGUCAAAUCCCAUCUGAUAUGCGCAUUUGUCGCCUCCAAGGUGUCGUGUGCGAUGUCGAUGUCGACACUCCUGACCAAACACGAAUUACUGGUUUGCUCUUGGUGUACAUUGAGCCCAAAAUCACUCCCGCACCCAGCACCUUGAUGAAUAUCGCCAGGUCAACCAACCAGGAAACUCGCAAGCGCUGGGCCAAAGAACUGGGAACGACCGUUCAAACCCUUCACAAGGCUGGGAUACAAUGGGGAGAUGCAAAACCUGACAACAUAUUGGUUGAUAAGAAUGAUGACUUGUGGUUGAUUGACUUUGACGGCGGCUACACUCACACUUGGAGGAAGGUGACCUUGAAGGGUUGGAUAAGAUUCAAGUUUGGCUUUGUAACAUGGGUUGAAGAUGUAUUCCAGAGGCGGACAGAGGCGACCAACUAA